AUGGAGUACAAUAUUGAUUUCUACAGACAUUUUGCUUGGCUCAGAAAGGUGAACCUCCAAUCAGCUGGCAGCGCUGAGUCUUACCAGGAGCGCCUGUCCCGCCUAGAGGGAGACAAAGAGUCCCUGGUUCUGCAGGUGAGUGUGCUGACUGACCAGGUGGAGGCUCAGGGGGUGAAGAUCAGUGACUUGGAGAGUUCUUUAGAAGAACAUCAGCUGAAGCUCAACUCCACGGAGGAGAUGCUGCAGCAGAGCCAGCAGUCUCAUUCCAGGACAGAGUCUCAGAGCGCUGGGCUGGUGUACAUGAGGCUGUGCUCCGCUCUGUCUGGGCAGGUGAUUACAGCGAAACCAACUAACCACACCCCCACGUCUGCGAAGGAGCUGGUGCACAGGACGUCACUGGAGAAGCAGAAGCUGAAUCUCAUGGGGGAGGUGUCCUACCUGAAACUCAAGCUGGCAGACAUGGAGGCCAAACACCGCGACGGCAGCGAGAGGCACCACAAAGCAGAGAGUGUAGUGAAUUUUAUUAGUGAGCUGCAGGAGCAGAUGUGUAGGUUUCAGACGGAAAUAAAUAACAAGAUCCAAGAGAAAAAAGCCCAAGAGUUUCCAGCCCGCAGCUCUCCUGAAGCUUCCGCCGAGGGUCAGAGUCCACACAUGGGACCAUCCCGAGACCGGACCUCCGGACAGAGGCACAGGGCGCUGGGGGAGCGGAGGACUGCUGUCACAGUGGGACAGAGCAGUCCCCUCACACUGCCGCACUGCCACUGUGGAGGACAAAGUGGCUUACUCAAGGAGCUGAGGACCCUGAAGGACAAAGUGGAGCACCUGGAGGAGCAGAAGUUACAGUAUGAGAAGAAGCUCAGAGCCACAAAGGCUGAGAUGAGCAGCCUCCAGCAGCAGCUGAUCAGUAAGAACGCAGAGAUCCAGGGUUUGCACGCUCAGCUCCUAACGCAGCCCAGACUGACCACCGACGGCACAGACAAAGUGAACUUGUACAGGAAGAAGCUGAACAUCCAACAUAUUGAGCUGCAGAAACUGAGAGGGGGAAUGAAAACACUCAUAAUGGCAAAUGAGGAAAAGGAUCGACGUAUUGAAGAGCUCACUCUGCUGCUGAAUCAAUGCAAGAUCAGAGAGACGCCACACUCCACAAGACAAGCGCCACCUGCUGUUUUAACUCUAAAUGGGAGGACCUCAUCAAUUAGCAGUGAAGAAGAGAGGAACACUGACAUAGCCAGUGUACACUCUGAAGACCUCAAGUCAGAAAUUUCCACAAACAGUUCUUCCUCUCAACAGACAUCUCUAGGGUCAGUGCACAAAGAUGACGUGAGCAGAACAGAAGCCCUGCCCUCCUCAGGCAGCACAAAUGGAUCCACAACGUCACAAAAAUCGGCUCAGAGCGACAGCCAGAACAAGAUGGAGGCCAACAGCAUGGAGAGCAGCAGCAGUGAACUUCAGAAGUCUACAGAUGGAAGCGUGAACGGGGACUGUGUCCAAAAAAAAGCAGAAGAAACCCUUUCCGUUCACUCUGGGUCCAGCUCUCAGAUUGGCCAUCGUACUGUAGGUUCAGCAGAGUACAUGAAAAAUAACCGAAGCUUCAAGAAGUUUUGGGGAAAACUGCGUAGGACUCAAUCUGGAGGCCUUCAGGCAGGAGACUCAGAGCUCAGUGUGUUUCAAAGAGGAGGACUGCGAUCCACUGCAGGACCCCGACUGACGCGGACCCCAGAGUCUCAUGACUACCCACGCGACAUGAGCACUCCGUUUGGCCAGUGGAGCCCAGAGCAGGUGUGCAGCUGGAUGGAAGACUCUGGACUGGGACAUUACAUCAACUUCGCCAGACAGUGGGUAGAAAAUGGGCAGACGCUGCUCUCUGCUACGCCCCAGGACUUUGAGAAGGAGAUGGGAAUGAAAAACCCACUUCAUCGAAAGAAACUACAGCUGGCUUUAAAUGCAUUCAGCACCAAAACAAUCGAAAGGUCCUCAGAGUUGGAUCAUAUUUGGGUCACCCGCUGGUUGGAUGACAUUGGAUUGCCUCAAUACAAAGACGUGUUCCAUGAAGCCAGGGUAGAUGGCCGUGUGCUGCAAUACCUCACAGUGAAUGAUCUUUUAUCCCUAAAGGUCACCAGUCAGCUUCAUCAUCUCAGUAUUAAAUGUGCCAUUCAUGUCCUUCAUGUCAACAAGUUCAACCCUUUCUGCUUAAGACGGCGACCAGGAGACGAAAAACAGCCAUCUCCUUCAGAGGUGGUGCAGUGGUCUAACCACCGUGUGAUGGAGUGGCUUAGGGCAGUAGAUCUGGCAGAGUAUGCCCCUAAUCUGCGAGGCAGUGGGGUCCACGGCGGCCUCAUUAUCCUUGAGCCCCGCUUCACUGCAGAGACUCUGGCUAUACUCCUGAACAUCCCUCCUCAGAAAACCCUCCUGCGCAGGCACCUGGCCUCUGCCUUCUCUGCUCUGGUGGGCCCUCAGGCCACGCAGGAGAAGAGAGAGUACGGAAACGCAACAGGACAUAUGCCUCUCACUACCACAGCUAAAGUCAAGCCGAAGAAGAUGGGCUUCACUCAGUUCAGUCACCUCCGGAAGAGGAAACCAGAUGAUUCCGCAGAAUACAUUUGUCCUAUAGACACAAGUUCACACACGGUCGACCGAGGGGUCAGCCCCAGCUCAGAGAGAAGAGGGCCCAAUGGAAUAAAAGCCUCAGGCUGA